CGUAUCCAACGCACUUACACAUCGCAAUCAUCGUUGUAACGCUACCGGCUGCCCACACUUGCGCAUCGGCCUUCCUUCGACACCGCUGCCCGCCCGGCAGCAUAAUCUCCCACCCCGUAAACACCAAUACCCCACACACAUAAACUCGUCCGCCAAACAAUGUCCGGCAAAACCUCUGGCUCCGACGCCAAAUCGCGCGAUCACCACGAUGGCAGCGCAGGCCGAGCCUUUACCGUGGAGCAGAAAGCCGCCGUAAUACGCAUCAAAUCGUGUGCGCCAACCGCCUACUACAAGAUCCUCGGCCUCGAAGAAGUCAAAGCUACCUGUUCAGACUCGGAUAUCAAAAAGGCAUACCGCAAGCUCUCGCUGCUUACGCAUCCGGACAAGAAUGGGUACGAUGGCGCGGAUGAUGCGUUCAAGCUGGUCAGCAAGGCGUUCCAGGUGUUGAGUGAUCCGGAUAAGAAGAAGAAGUAUGAUCAAUUUGGUGGGGACCCUGAUGCGAGGUUCGAUCCUAGAGCGCAUGCUAGUGCGAAUGGUGGAGGUGGUGCGAGUCCAUUCGGAAAUGGGUUCGCGAGAAGAGGAGGGUUUGAGGAGGAAAUGACUCCCGAAGAGUUGUUUAGACAGUUCUUUGGCGGUGCGUUCGGAGGGCCUUUUGGCGGCAUGGACACAGGACCAGGCUUUGUCUUCAACCUAGGCGGCGGCCCCGGCGUACGCGUUCACCAAUUCGGCGGCGGCCGACCACGCAGACGUCCCGGCACCGCUGUACCCCCCGGUUCCGAAGGCCAACAAAACGUCUCCUCAGCCUUUGCGAACCUCCUCCCUCUCCUCUUCCUCUUCGUCCUACCCCUCCUCUCCUCUCUCUUCUCCGGCUCAAGUAGCACAUCCGCAGGCCCCAGCUUCGUCUUUGAAACCCCCCGCUCCCCCAACACACUGAAGCGCGUAUCUACGCGGAUAAAGAUCGACUACUUUGUCGACCCCAAGGACGUUCACGAUUACACACCGAAGAAGUGGCGGAAAUUGGAUGAGCAGGCUGAGAAUCAGUACGUUCAUAUUACCAACACGCGGUGUCAGAACGAGCGGGUCAAGCAGAGGAGAGCGAUGGAGGAAGCACAGGGUUGGUUCAGUGUGGACCAAGAAGCUAUGAACAAGGCGCGGAACAUGGAGUUGAAGAAUUGUAAUAAGCUUAGGAAGUUAGGGCUGGAGGUGUACUAAGCCAGGAACUUUGGUACAUUUGAUAUGGGUAGACUUGUUUGUAGUUUUGGCUGUACGUACAGUAUCUUCUUGCUGGUGGAUGGUCGGCUUGAACGGUCUUUUGAGGGAGUUGCCUUGGGGACACGAUUAGUCUUAGAUGCACGCAUGGCGUAUAGAGGCGUUUGGUAGCAUCAACCGCGC